UUUUUUGUUUACUAUUUUGUUUUUACUGUUUUAUUCUGUUGCCAUUAAUUAGGCUAGUUAACCUGGGGAACAAACUGGUUUUUUCACCUGUGAUGAACACGACGACCGCCUGAGAUACUCGCAGCAGCCGCUCAACAUGGCUCACUCUAAGAGGGCUUGCAAAGCUGCCAGAGACGCGAAUGCCCAGAAGGCAGAAACGAAAACAGAAGAAAACCCGGAGCCAGAAACCAGAAAGGAGCAAAGGCCGGAUAAUCAUGGUACAGAAUUCCCCACAGCGGACCAGUUUCUGGAAAGAUUGAUCCAGACCCUCCACAAGUCAUGGCUUCAGGUGCGUCGCCUGGCUGAGUUUGUGAUGUCCGAGCUGGGCGGAAAUGAUUUCCUGGAGGCUAUUGCGGCCUGGUGCGCCCGGAACCCACAUAUAGCCAUCUGCCUGCUGCUCCCCUUCCUCAUAAUCUUUGGCUUCGGAAUAGCCACCAUGGUGAUGACUUUUACUGGUCUGCUGGUACUAGAAGGCACACUUCUCACCAUCGUGUCCCUGGUGUUUUUCGUCUGCCUGGGCGGAUUCGUCAUUAUUGUUCCUCUGUUUGGAGUCGCCGCUGUGGCUGCCUAUUUUGGCUUCGCCCAGGUCUAUGGGCUGUGCGACGGCAUGGAGCGCCAGAAGAGCGCUUUGGUCAAGUUCGUCAGGGAUAAGCGCAAGAUCUGUGAUCCCCAGCCAGCUCCUGUGACCAUUAACGAGGAACCCACUUCUACUUCAUAAACCCAAACUGCUUGCCCAACAAACACAGUUAUUAAGUAAAUAAGUAAAUAAAGACCAGUGCUUGGAUGUUUCCUGAA